AUGGCCAGGGACGUCGAACCAUUGCCGCGUAUCGUCAUGAAAGCACGUCGGACUCUUAAAGGACAUCUUGCGAAAAUCUACUCGAUGCACUGGGCUACGGACAAACGCCAUGUCGUCUCGGCCUCGCAGGACGGCAAACUGAUUGUGUGGGAUGCCUAUUCGUCCAACAAAGUGCACGCCAUCCCGUUACGAUCGUCGUGGGUCAUGACCUGUGCAUUCGCAACGUCGGGCAACCUCGUUGCCUGCGGUGGUCUCGACAACAUCUGUUCGAUUUACAACUUACGGACACGCGACGGUCCAGCUCGUCCUGCGCGUGAAUUAUCGGCACACACAGGUUAUUUGAGCUGCUGCCGGUUCAUCAACGACCGUCAAAUUCUGACAGCUUCGGGCGACAAAACCUGCAUGCUGUGGGACAUUGAUGCUGGUGUUAAAACCGAAGAAUUUGCAGAUCAUCAAAACGAUGUCAUGAGCUUGUCAUUGGGCACGAAUCCCAAUGUGUUUGUUAGUGGUGCAUGCGACUCGACAGCCAAAGUAUGGGACAUUCGAACCAAACGUUGCGUCCAAACAUUUGUCGGCCAUGAAUCUGACGUAAACGCUGUGCAGUUCUUCCCCAGCGGUGAUGCCUUUGCAACAGGCUCAGACGACGCUAGCUGCCGAUUAUUCGAUUUGCGUGCUGAUUGCGAACUGGCAGUAUAUUCGAACGAAGCGAUCUUGUGCGGCAUCACUUCCAUCGACUUUUCGGUUUCGGGACGAUUGCUGUUUGGCGGCUACGACGAUUACAACUGCAAUGUGUGGGAUACCCUCAAGGGCGAACGCGUGGGCGUCCUUUCAGCACACGAAAACAGAGUGUCUUGCUUGGGUGUUGCUGGUGAUGGCAUGGCUUUGUGCACAGGCAGUUGGGAUGCUACGUUGCGCGUUUGGGCGUAA